AUGGAUAGCUCCGACGGUAGUCCUGUUGCUACCCUCACUCUGCCGACCCUCGAGUCCGUUGCUGCAAGGACGGAAAGUCCGAUUGUCCACCGGGCGAUGGCCUUCAUCGCGGCGGAAACGGCAACUGAGCUGACCGAGCUGUCGGGUGAGACAGCUUUCUCUUCGAUUGGCGUCGAUUCCCUUCUGUCACUCGUGCUGGCGGAGAAGUUCACAGCUGAAUUUCGUCUGAAUUUACGAAGCUCUUUGUUCCUCGAUUGUCCCACCAUUAGUGAUCUCAAGGCCUGGUUGGUUGAUUAUUGUUGA